AAUGGGAAAGAAAUGUCGUUUUAAAUGAGGUCUCUGUCCUUCUGCAGAGAAAGUUGGUGCUGAAAACUUCUGUGUUUUCAUGUUAACCUCCUUUGAGGAGCACUGGAAGAAAAGGAGCUGCUUCCUUAGGCACUGCAGUUUCUUCAGGACAUAAAAAGAGGCUCUUUAGGGUAACUCUCCACGAUGCUGCACUGUUAAGGUGUCCAUAUGCAUGCCCAGCUCCCAACAGCAAAGUAUGCCUUAAGCUGAGCUCAGUCCAUCCAUGACACAAGUUUAGCUGGUGCUCAGCCAAGAUGUUAUCAAGUGUUUGUCCCUUACACACAGAGGUCUCUGCCUGAGGAAUGAUGCUGGAGACAAGGUGGGCAACUCCCAGCCCCGUUCCCAGCCUUGCCAUCAUUUUAGGUUAGUGACCUGAUUACGCUCAGAACAUUCCCUCCUCUUGCUGUUCCCUGGGGGGGAUGGUUGACAACAUGGCCCUUCAGAGGGGUCUCCCAGCCCCACCAGGCCAGCAAGUGGAUAUUUUAUGCUGUAACAUAUGCCCAUUAAAACCUGAGCAGGGUUGGUCUAGAGGGUGGAGGGGCUGCUCACCUCUUCAGUGUCUGAAGCUGUGAGCACCCAAGGGGAGCUGGAAGGUGAAUAUUGAGGGACCACUCAUUUGAGGAAGGUUCAGCUCUUCCCCCACGACAAGCUCUGAGGCUGUGUGGGUUUUGCAGGGGGUUUGUGGGUGCUCUCAUGGGGAGCACUUAGGUGCAGGUAAUGCUGAAGAUGAGUCCCUGGGCUUAGGGUUUGUGGUCUGAGGAUUGCACCAGUGCGUUGUGGUACAGAGCUGCCUAUGCAAAUGUCAGGCAGGAAGAGGUAUGCUGACCCAGCUCAUGUUGGAUUUGCUGUUUGGGUGUUUGCAGGGGAUCCCAAACCACCUUGGCAUAGUGGGAAAUCCCUGACUUGGGUGAAUUCCCUUUGCUGGGAUGAGCAGCUCCUUUAGAAUGGAUCUCACGUAGGACUCACCUGGGAAAACCCUUCGGGGAGGAAGGGAACCUGGCUUCCCUGCAAUGGGAAUUGGCACCAUCCCAGCCCUGCAGCCACGCUGAAGUCAGGGCUCCUCUGGCAUGGGGUAGCCCCCUGGUGAGGCAGGGGAUAGCCGCGGGAAGCAAAGGCAAGAUCCCAGCUGGAAAAGCAGCAAAGAGCUCCUCAGUCCUUUCCAAGGCUCUUCUUGCUGCGGCUGCAAUGCUUCAGUGCUCACUCGCUCGGUCCCUGGGAGAGGAGCUGAGGCUGGAGCUGUGCAGGGGGGGCAGCUCCUUGCCAGCCCUGCUGGGAGAUCAGAAGAAGCUGAUUUUUCCCUUUCCCACUCUCCUCACCUGCUGUCUCACCCAUGCAGGCCGGGCACUGGCAGGAGCCUUUGCCAUGGACAGCGGCUAUGGAGGCAGAGACCUGAGUGUCACCAGGAGCCCGCCGCAGUGGGAGAUCGGCAUCUACGUCGCUGGUGCCUUGGUGCUGCUGGGGGUAGCUGCUGUCAACCUCUGGAAGCUGUGGCGCUCUGGCAGCUACCCAGCACCUUCCCCCUUCCCCAACUACGACUAUCGGUACCUCCAGCAGAAGUAUGGGGCAGCCUACUCAGAUGUCAAGCACAAGAGAGGGCUGCCCCCCAGCUCGCAGAGGGCACCGGAUAGGACCUCAGCCAGCCGCAAGCCCAGCCUGCGGGCGGAUGACACCUUCGACAGCAUCGCCGAGCUGGGCAGCCUGGAGCUGAUGAGCAAAGACUUGGCCCACUAUGGCCCCUUGAAGAAAUCCAUCUCAGCAGACUCCCUCAACUCCAUCUCCUCCAUCGGGAACAACUUCGGGCAGGAUUUCAUGGUGGGACAGGUGGAGGUGUCCAUGGAGUACGAGGCGAGGGCAGCCACCCUGCAUGUGAGGCUGCUGCAGGGCAAGGACCUGCUGGAGAAGGAGGAGGCUCGCUUCGAGUCCUGCUUCUUGCGCGUCAGCCUGCUCCCGGCCGAGCAGAUCGUCGGCAUCUCCCGGAUCCAGCGGAGCGCCUACGCCGUGGCCUUCGACGAGCGCUUCUCCAUCCCGCUGGCCCCCGCGGCGCUGGAGGAGCACAGCCUGCGCUUCUCCGCCUUCGGCAUCGACGAGGACGAGAGGAACGUCAGCGCCGGCGUGGCCGAGCUCAAGCUCUCCGACCUGGACCUGGCCACACGACCCUUCAACGCCUGGCUCUACCUGCAGGACAUGAACAAGGCGGUGGACACGGUGGGGGAGAUCCUGCUCUCCCUGAGCUACCUGCCCACGGCUGAGCGCCUGACGGUGGUGGUGGUGAAAGCCAAGAACCUCGUGUGGAGCAAUGGCAAAGUCACCGCAGAUCCCUUCGUCAAGGUGUACCUGCUGCAGGACGGGAGGAAGAUCAGCAAGAAGAAGACAGCAGUGAAGAGGGAUGACACCAACCCCGUGUUCAACGAGGCCAUGAUUUUCUCAGUGCCAGCCAUCGUGCUCCAGGAGCUGUCCCUGCGGGUGACGGUGGCCGAGUGUGGCGAGGACGGCCGCGCCGACAACACAGGGCACGUCCUGAUCGGGCCGGCGGCCAGCGGCAUGGGCAUCACGCACUGGAACCAGAUGCUGGCCACGCUGCGGAAGCCUGUCUCCAUGUGGCACCCGCUCCGCAGGAACUGAGCCUGCUGCCGCGGGGUGCCCCUGCUGCCCCCAGGCUCCGGCACCCCCACACCGCCUCUGCCCUGGGGACUCUGGGCACGGAGGGUCUGCCCGGCCGGCGGCUCGGCCGGGAGCUGCUGGGACAGCCUGGGAAGGGGCUGAGUGGGGCCCAAGGCGCCGGCAAGACAGAGCUGCCGGGGACACCUUGGCUGGAGCUGCUGGAGGACUGAGGAUGGAGAAACUCUCUCCUCGUCCACGUCGCCCUCGCAUGCGCUUGGGGCUGCCAAUGGCCCCGCCGAGAAAGGAGCCUGCCCCUAAAUGUACCAAACUCAGCAGCUUUUCUCCCUGGAGCUAAUGCCUGGCCACCAGCUGGGCUCCCGGGAGCCCCUCACAUCUCCACCGUGGGCCCCAAGGGCUGCUGGGGAGGGAGGUGGCAUUCCGUGGGAGGUGGCUUCUGGCUGACCAUGGAGGGAUGGAGAGGAGCUGAUAAAGUGCCAGCACGGCCUGUUUUC